AUGGCGGAUGUGCGCAUCUCCCGCAACCGCGACAGCGACCAUGGACGGGCUGUCGUCGCGGAAUCGGCGCAUGCCACGUCCGCGGCUAUUCCGCGUCAAGAUCAUCACUCUGCCGCGCAUCCUCUUCAGUGCGAAAGGCCAUUCGUCCAGCGUCAGGUGCCGCACGCGCUGCCGCAACAGCCCCCGCAGACGUUCCACCAGCAGCAGCAGCAGCAGCAGCCGCAGCAGCAGAAGGAGGAAGACGCAGGCUUCGUUUUUCGCCCAUGUGGACCCCAGCCGCCGCCGGCGCCGCCGCUGACGGUCGCAGCGACUGCGACGGCCAGGAGCGCUUUGGACGUAGCGACAGGCCCCGCAGCAGUCGGAGGACUGACUUCAGGUCGCGGGGUUUGCGCCUCGGGCCCUCUAAGGCUGCCCCGGAAUCUGCCCGCUCCCCCGUUCGCUACAAUCCCCUCCGCCUCUUCCAUCUCCUUCUCCGCUUCUCAGGACAAACCGCUCGCAUUGCGCCUCCCUGUCGGCGCCGCCGGCACCGCCGCCGCAUGUCCCCGCGCUGCGGCCGCCACGGGCGCUUCUGUCGCGGCUCCUUUAUGCUCUCCUUCGAUAUACUCCUCAAGCAACUCGUCUCCCUCCGCGUCGCUCCCGCUCACGCCCACUUCCGUCCCGCCCCUCCCGGCUUCCCUCCCCCCGUCGCUGCCGUCCGCCGCCGACUCUGCCGUCGCGCAGUCCGGCGGAACAUCUGUUUUCGCCAUUGCCCGCCAGCGCCUCUCCCGCUGCGCCGACGGAACAUCCGCGAGAGGUUCCGCCAGCGGCGCGGGCGUCUGCGAUGGCGGCGGCGGCGCCGCGCCGGCGGAUCGUUCAGCGUCGUUUUCGUCGCUCGGGGCUGGGUCGCUGACCGUCGCAGGGACGCACGCGACGCACGCGACUCAGGCGACUCAGGCGACUCAGGCGACUCAAGCGACUCAGGCGACUCAGGCGCACGCGAACGCUGGAGGAGCGCUGGAGGAACCAACUACAGCUGCUACAGCCGGCGCAGCUGCUUGUGCUGCCGCCCAGGCAUCGGGUGCUGCAGCGACUGCUGGUGGUGGUGACUCAGCUCCAUCGAUUGGCGACAAACGUGCUCCUGCCUCCACCCACCACAUGCGACUGGUGCUGCCGACUCUCACGCUCCCAUCAACCCACCCCUCCUCUUCUGCUCCCUCCUCUCCUCCACUUCCACGUCUUCCUCCUACACCCUCCCCUCCUACGCCAACUCAUGUUCCUGCUGGCGCUGCUGCUGGUGCUGCUGCUCCUCCUUCCCCCUCUGCACUCCCCCUGCUCUCUGCCUCGCUCUCCUCCUCCUGCUCUCGCCCUCUGCGCCUUCCUCCCGGCCUCUGCUUCCCUCAGACUCCCUCCGCGCCUGCUGCGCCUGCUGCGCCUGCCGUCCUCCCGGGCUCGCUGGCAGAUGCUAGCCCAGUGCAUCCCGGCACAGUGGCAGCAGCAGCAGCAGCAGCAGCAGGUGGAGAGGGAGGGGAUGAGAUGGGGACGGGGAGAGGGAGUGCGACUGCCAACGAGGACGGUGCGACCAAAGGUAAAGGUGGCGGAAGAGGCGGAGCUGGGGGCGGAGCGGGGGGAAGGGGGAAGACCGGGAAGCAGCAGGGCAAGGAGGUGCGAUCGGCGCGGGUUAAAGCGGAGGUGGUGGAGGAAGGGGGGGAGGGGCAGCUGGGGCCUGUGGGGAAGGAAGGGGAGGUGGCAGAGCAUCAGCCACAGCAGCAGGGGGAGGCAGCAGCAGGGGGGAGUGGCGGCGGGAGAGGCGGUAGGGUGGGCAUCAAUGUGGGGAUACGCCGGCGAUCCGCCAAGAGCAAGAAUGCAGGGGGAAGGGGAGGUGCUGGUGCUGCUGACGGUGGUGCUGAUGGUGAUGAGAGUUGUUUGGGAGCGAAAGAAGGAGGAGGUGCGAGGCAGGGGCAGCGAGCGAAAGGCAGGAAGGGAAAGGCGGAGGCUGCUGCGGACGGGCAGCAGCUUGUGCAAGGCAAAGAAAGGAAAGAAGGAACAGAAGGGAACGACUCAAAGGUGCGAGCAGAGGAGGCGGGGGAGGGAGCAGGCAAACGCUUGGCGGCAGGAAAAGCGGGGCGGAAAGGAGGCUCAGCUGCUGACGCUCGCAGCAGGGACGCUCGUGCUGCCGCUGCCGCUGCUGCCAUUGCUGCUGUUGCUGCUGCUAAGAAUAAUAGAAGUAAGAAUAAGAAUGGUGGCGGUGGUAGUGCUACCACGAGCGGGGACCAUGAUUACCACUGCGACGACGACGACGACGACGACGGAGAGGGGAACGGCGAGGAGGAGAACGAUGGAAAGGAAGACAACGAGGAGGAGGACGAAGACGCAUUGGGGCGCAUGACUCAGGAGCAGAUCGAGGCUCUAGAGGUGCGCUUUGAACAGAACCGGCGCCUGGAUACGGCAAGGAAGCUGGUGCUGGCGAGGGAGAUCGGCGUGCGGCCGCGGCAGGUGUCUGUGUGGUUCCAGAACCGGCGGGCGCGGUGGCGGCAGAAGAAGAAGGAGAGUGAUCUGAGUGCGAUGCAGAGGGAGUAUGCGCGGUUGAAGGUGGCGAGGGAGCAGCUGGGGGAGGACUAUGAGCUGCUGAAGAAGGACUAUGAGGACCUGCUGCUGCAUAAUGCUGCGCUGCAUGAUAAGGUGGACGAUCUGAUGGCGCAUCUGGUGCAGCACGGCAUGCUAUCCGCCUCCACCUCCUCCUGCCUGCGAGAUGCGCUCCUCACAGCCGGCCCUCUCUCCCCCGCCAACACCACCAGCAGCCCCAUGCCUCUGCCCAGCGACGCCGCCACCACCCUGCCUGCCGCCGAGCCUGGCGCCCAGGCCUGGGCGGCCGCCGCAGCUGCUGGCUCGGCAGCCGCCUUGGGGGUGGGUGGUAGGGGCGCCCCCUCCCCCUCUGCUGCUGCUUCUGCUGUGGCGAAUGGUGCAGAACUCGACCCGGACCUUUUCAACCCCUGCCCGCCCACCAGCCCCGGCAGCAGCAACCACCACCUGGCCUACCCAUGCAGGUGUAGUCCUACGAGUGGCGCUGCUGGUGGGUCAGCUGCUGCUGGUGGUGGUGGUGGGUAUGGGUCUGCUCUGGGUGGGUCAGCACUGGGUGGGUACCCUACAGCAACGUCUCUCUCGUCGUCUCCUGCGUUCAGUGUUGCUGCUGCUGCUGGGUGGUGUAGCGAGUCGUAUGGGGAUCGCAGCAGGGAGCGUGGCGAUCGACCUCUCCCUCUUGAUCCCCCACACAUGCUCCAUCUGCCUGGCGCUCUUCCCCCCACUGCCCACCCCUCUGUGCCUGUGGCUGUGGCUCCCUCUCUUGCUCCGUUUUCCAACCCGAAUGUGAAUGCACACGUGCUCGCCCGAGGCACUCCACGUGCUCGCUUCCGAGGGAAUCCCGCGAGCCAGUUUCAGGAAAGAGGAAGCGGAGGAGGAGGAGGAGAGGGAGGAGACGAAGGAGGAGGAGGAGCGGAAGCUAUUCCCGUUCCCAGCUAUUUCUUCCCUUCAGCAGCAAACUUGGUGGCCGUGACAGAUUCGAUGCAGGAGCAACUGGAGGGAAUCCAUGAUGGUAUUGAGACAAGGCCUCUUGCUGUUGCUGCUGCUGCUGGUGCUGGUGCUGGAUUGGGCGGUGCAUGUGAGCCGUACACGAUGCAAGAAGGAGAGGAAGAGAUGAUUCCAGCACAGCGCAUGCACCACUCAUACCGGCGCCACCAGCAGCAGCAGCAGCAGCAGCAGCACAUCGUGCACUGUAAUGAGCAGCAGGCGUACCAGCAGCAGCAACAGCAGCAACAGCAGCAGGAGCUGGUGAAUCUCUUCGAGCAGAAGCACGAGGAGGGAGGGGAGCAGCAGCUAGUGCAUGGGGGGCAAGGCGCUGAGCGGGCGCAUCAGGAGCAGGAGGAGCGGGGCCAAGAGGAGCAGGAGAAGGAGGAGCGGCAGCUGAUGCAGGAAUGGACGCAGUGGCAGGAGAGGCAAGGGGCGGAGGAGGAGGAGACGCAGUACUGGGAUGGGUUACAUGCUCGUGACCUUCAUGCACACACUGGCAACAUCGAUGGUACAGCGGCUGCUGGAAGGAUGAGCAAUUAUCAUGUGCCGCUUCGGCAGCAGCAGCAGGCACAAGAGGUGCAUGAGCAGCAGCACGAGCAGCGGCAGCAGCAGCUGUUUGCACCUCUGGUGCAGCGCUCUAGCUCCGCGCCUUCUCCGCCCACACCUUCCCCCCACUUCCUAUCCUCCAGUGCCAGCCGCACCAGUGCCACCGGCAUAUACAGCAGCAUGACUGCUGCUGCUGCUGCUAAUAAUAAUAAUAGUUCUGGGCUUUGCAGCAGGGAGCAAGAAGGCAGUGGUGGGUCUGAGGGAAGCAUGGAGGGCUCGCGGGGGAAGGAGAGCCUGGGAGGGAGCAGGGAGGGUAGCAACAGCGGCGGUUGUCCUGCAGAUCUUGCGCCACAGCAAGGAAGCCCCCCCCCUGUCAGCCGUGAUCUGCAUCUUACUGAAACUGCUUCCUUCAGGCCCGUGCCGCUGUGUGGCGGGGAGAACGGUCCCCACGCAGGGGUAGGGGAUUCCUUUGUUAAACAUGGUGGGGAUGCUAGGAGCUCUGUGCGUGAUGUGCUCGUGCCCCUUCCACCCCAGGAUGCAGGUUGCCAGGUUGGACAUGGGGGACAUCUGGACUUGAACUUGCUGGGUUUUCCUACUCCUCCUGCCUCUCCAGGCUUUGAUGGGGCAACCAGGGCUGAGAUUGAGAAUUUGGGUCCAUCGCAGGAAGCCGAAGGGAUGUCGAUGAUGCACUGGGCUGACGAGCCUGUUGUCUUUUGA